UCCGUAAUAAAUUAGUCAGCAUAUAUAUUUAAAAAUCUUUAAAUCUUAUAUUUUUCUCUAAGUAUAACUUAAAAAUUUCAAUUUUUGAGUGCAUACAUUAUUAAUAAAAAUGGAUUUAGAUUUGUUAUUCGUGAUAACAACGUUGGUAAUAUAUUUUAUAAUUCCGAUUCAAGUAAUCAAAGAUAUUAUGUUUAUUGUCCUGGCAGUUGUGUCGCUGCAGACAUUUUUGGAAAUGAAACUUUCUAAGAAGAAAAAUACUUUAACUAAAACAGUAGAACCUAUAACGAAAACUCGCACGGAUUUGACUACACAUCCUAUUAAUUUGGAGUUACCUACUAUGACAAAUAAUUCAAUUUUAGAACAAUCACCUAGCGAAGAUAAAAUUAAGCUAACUCCGAUUAUCGAAAGCGAAAAAGAGCCCUCUAAAACUUCUAUAAAGAAAAUUACAAUAAAUGAUAAUUCAUUGAACAUGGACAAAACAUCGUCAAAAAAUAAUCUUUCAACUCUACCUUCUAAAAUAUUUUCAGAUAAUAAUAUGAAAACACAUUACACUAACAUUUCAUUAUUGAAUAACGAAAUUGAAUCUGUUAAAAAAUUAAACUCAGAAAUUAUUACACAAAUUGAAAAACAACCCACCAACACAUCUACAGACACUUCUGUAUUAGUUAAUAAUUAUUUUAACACGAACGUGUCACAGUCUCCAAACAAUCUUCAAACUCAACCGUCUAAAAUAUUUUCGAGAAAUAUUAAAGAAUUACCUCCUGAAAACAACACUACUAUAUUACUGUCAAAAAGGUAUUUUGAAAAUGAAUCUAACAAAAAUUCAGAUACCAUAACUAAGACAUCGUAUAAUUUUUCUACUGUAUCUAAUUCAGCCACUAAACAAGGAAUUCUUAAAAAAAUUGAAAAUUAUGAUAAUAAUUCAGCAAAAAAUAUAGCCAAUAUUAGAUUAAAAGAUACAUAUCAAGAGAUGUCUGUACGAUUUCAUAAAAAUACUGAAGUGAAACACUUUAACUGUAAUUUGAGUUUAACAAAACAAGUAAAAAAAUAUCAAUGGCGUCGCCAAAAUUAUAAUUUGACGAAGUAUUAAAUAAACUUAUAGCCAAAAUGAAGUAAUUAAGCAAUUACAUUAAAUCAAUAAAAAUUUGCUGUAUUUUUUGAUAUUAAUUUCUUAUUGUUUUAAAAGUA